UCUCCUUUGGGCGGCCAAAGUUUUUCAUUUAACUUUUGAAAUCCCGCUCAAUCUCAUUUGGGCGGCCAAAGCAUCAUUUUAGUGCCUUUUCAUUUGGAGAGAGAGAGAAACUGAGAACCAGAAAGAGAGAGAAAGUGCAGGAGAAAGAAAGAAAGAUGGUUCCUGGCUAGCCCUAUGAAUUGAAGAUUUGGAUUAAACCCUAAACGAAACACGGCAAUUUAUGUAAAGCCUAGCGAUUGAUUUCUGUCAUUCUAAUUAGGUUACCACAUCACGAAAUCAUUAUCAGCCUCCUCUCUUCCUAACUGCGUUUGAUUCCUUUCAAAACCCUAGCUGUGUUCGAUUCCUCUCUGCUAUUCAUCGACCCAGAUCUGGAAUUUUAAUUCACAUCCAUCAGUUUUUUGCUUAAUUCGCAUAUAUAGGGUUCGUGGUUGAUUAUGUUAUGCAAAUGGAUUAGUCUUCAGGUUCGGAUUUAGAUUACUUAUUCAAACUGUUGGUGAUUGGGAAGGAGAAUCUCUAGAGAAGGUAGAGGUGGUGUUAUGAACCAUAUUAGUAUACCAGGGCCCAUCAUAGCAGCCCGUUUAAGGAGCCCAAUAAGAGAGCAGGUGUGGUUGUCUUGAAGGAAAAGUUACUGCGGAAUAUAAGGCAUGAGAGAUAGAACGAUUGGGGAGGAAAAGAUUGUUUAAGCUACUUGAGGGUUCUUCUUCCCAUCUCCAUUGUUCUUCUUCUGUGUUCCCAUCUUCUUCUUAUAUUUAGUUGUAAUCCUAUCGGUUAAUCAAUUCGAGAUCUACCUUUAUUCCUGAUUUGAUUAUUUCUUAGCUGAGUGAAUAUCAAUUCACUUCAUUGGUGCUUUCAUUGCUCCUUAGCACAUAUGGCUUUGGAUGAGGAUCUGCAAUUGAAUCAAUCGCUUACCCUAAUUGAACGCCAUGCUCUGCUUGAGGAGAUCUACAAUCAACUGGCACAGUUUCCGAUUCCACCUCCAAUUGAGCUUAACGAUUUACCAGAUGAUGUGUUAUCUGCUCCGGAAUUAAGUAUGUACGAUCCGGCACCACUUUUACCUCGAUUCACUGGUGCACAUCCAAAUAAAUGGCUCGCAUAUGCUGAAAGGUAUUUCACGUUUUAUAAGAUUCAUAACACCGAGCGAUUUCCUUAUGUGCUCAAUUAUUUCUAUGAUGAGGCAGCAAUGUGGUUAAGUUUGUAUCAAUUCACGGAAUGGUCGGAUUUCAUAGUGUCUCUUAAUCACCGAUUUGGUUAUCCGGUGGACGCUCUCCAGGUAUUUGAUGAAAUGCCUGAUCGUAUUGAACUUCAAAUUGUCAGUUCUGUUCAUGAAACCAUAGAUGAUAUGGUAUUAGAAAUCCAAACCGACUCAAUGGUUGAUGUUCAUGCGUCACUAGAAGUAACGGAUUCUCAAAUGGAUAUAUCAGAUUAUAUAUUUGUGCUUGAACGUGUUAAACCUUAUCUAAAUAUAGUCUUGGCAGAUGUACCAAAGGAGAAUGAUAUGGUAGAAACCAAUGUAGGUAAUGAUGAUUCUUUAGUUGAUUCAAUGGUUAUUAACUCCUUUGCAUGGAAACCAGGUUGGGUUGCGAAUCAUGUUCAAGUAUCUCCUAGGAAAUUCGUUCUCCCUGCUGUCAGUACACUUAAGUUUCUGUUUGAUAAUUUUGCUAUGGUAAUUGCUAGUUUCAAUUCUCCUUUUGGUGGUAAAUUGCAAGAAACAGAUUCAGGUUUUGUUCCUACACCACCCACUGUUACAAUUGUUUGUGAAAAGCAUAACACUAUUGGUACUUUGGGUCAUCUGCUAUCUGGUUCGUAUUUUGGGCCUGACGGGUUAAGGAGGACCUUUAGUUUUGAUCCCGGUCCGAAUAGUAUUUGCACGACUCUAUGUUUGAUGCCUUCCAUCAGAAACUCACAUCCAGAUCCGCACAAACCUAAAUUCUCGACGCCUUCAAAUGCCUAUUUCGAUCCUACUCGUGCGGGUUGUCAUGAUGUGCUUCUGUGUGCGAAUGGCUCUAUUCAUCAAAUUACUUCUAGUGCUGAUGUGAUUUUAGCUAUACGAGGAAUUUCAUCCGUUGUAAAUGGUUCAGCAGUGCCCGUUCUUCCUGAGAUUAGAGAUGAUUCACUUAGGCCGGUUAAUACUCGGUUGUCAAAGCAGCGAAUGCUUCAAUUUCAUGCAGUUGCAACAAAUGCGCAUGUGAAGCAUUGUCCAAAGGAUCCUAUUUCUUUUUAUCCUUCUACACAGGUGAGCCUAAGAGAUGGCACUGCAUUGGUUGGUGGGCUUAUGUCUAAUAUUGCAAUAUUUUUACCCAUUAUACCAUUGGUUCCCAGUUACACUUCUGAGCUUUGCCCAACUUCUAUGACAAUUUUAUUUGCGCAAAAAUAUUCACGGUCUAGUAUGGGAGUUGUUAUGCAAAAUCAUCGGCUUAGUAUUAGUAAAUUGGUUCUUCUAUUUCAAGUGGACGAUAAACGCAUUCGUUGGAAAGGAGGGACAUUACCUAUAAUUCUUGUUUUAGAUUCAGAUGAUGUGGUGUUUGAUGUGUGGCACGUAUAUGAUCUGAACAACAAUCGGUCUGACAUAAUAAUUGCAAUCGGACAUGACCAAUUUACAUGGGCUCCCCAACCCAGCUCUGCACCUAAGUUGUUUAUUUUGGAUACUGAUCCGGAACCACCCGAUCCGUAUACACUUUUCCCUUCCGAUUCUAUUCCGUUUCAUUUUUAUAGGGAUAUUGUGAUGCUUAAACCAAUUUGGAAAGCUUAUAGUGUUGUUGGUUCCUUGCUUCACGGCUCGCACAACUGGUUGUUUGAUACAAUUACACUGGUUAUUACACAUUUCGAAUGGAAACCGGGUUGGCAAUGCGAUUCAGUUGGCUCAGUUGCAAAAUUGAAGGAAGCAAUUGGUUUAACCGAGUAUUAUUGUUUCAACUACAAACGUGCUACUGAUGUUAUAGCAGCCCAACAAUUGGUUCAGACUUGUUAUUUCGUUCGUAUGAUUCAAAACUACAUUUUGUCAACAAGUGAAAAUGUGAAGAUAUCUAAUUGGGUUCAUAUGAUCAUCAUCCAUUACAAGGGUAUGGAAAUCAUAAAAGUAACAGUUAGUCAACUUAUGGAUCAUGUGGAAUGUGAUGAAAUAUUCUAUAUUAAGAAUAGUUUAUUGUUGAAGUCUUUCAUGCAAUCAAUUUUAAAGAUUCCACCUGGUUGGAUUGAAGCUGCAAAUACAACACAACACAACGGGUUACAUGUGCAGUCAACAAGAGUUAGUUUCCCAUUUAAUGCUUUAGAGGUGGAAACUUUUCUUAAGGUGGAUCAUAUUGGGUUUCCUUACAGUGCACAAAUGUUAAUGAGGUGGGUUUUGAUAGAAUUAUAUAAUUUGCAUAGAGAUGCUCAACAUUUGCAAUAUAUUGUUAGCCUUUCAAGUAGACGAAUUUUGCUGCAUUAUAGCUCUCCAUUUGAUUGUCUUAACGAAGCUGAGAAACGACCCGUCUUGAACCACCAUGAAGUUGGACAUGUUGCGGGAUUACACCGUUUGGAGCAAACCGACCCGUUUAAUGUUCUACUUCUUCAAUUAUUACCAACUCCGUUUCCCAGUACAACGACACACUCUACGGUUAGCCGUCACAUUAGAUACGGGUCUGCGUUUCUAUUUCGCCAACUUCUUGGUACGCUUUCCCCUCGUUUCUACAACCCACGUAUUACUAUUACCCAAAUGGUUCAUGAACUGACACCAUUUGCAGCUCUUUAUGGGCAUAAGCCACCCAACAUAAAUUAUUUUUUCCCAAACCCAUGGCACGUUAAUUGGAAACAUGAUCCUACUGACUUCAUUAUCCUCAAAGUUGCUACCUCGGGACAAGAAAAAAGGGGUCCUCUGGGUUUAUUUGAGCUGACUUGCAUCAGUGGGUCCACCAAACAAGCACAUGAUAAAGGUUUUCUUAGAUUACCAAGUUUGGUUCAACCCGACCCGUUUGGCAAUUUAUUUCACCUUGAGGACAAGGUGAAUGUAAAAGGGGGGAGUAAUGUUAUGAACCAUAUUAGUAUACCAGGGCCCAUCAUAGCAGCCCGUUUAAGGAGCCCAAUAAGAGAGCAGGUGUGGUUGUCUUGAAGGAAAAGUUACUGCGGAAUAUAAGGCAUGAGAGAUAGAACGAUUGGGGAGGAAAAGAUUGUUUAAGCUACUUGAGGGUUCUUCUUCCCAUCUCCAUUGUUCUUCUUCUGUGUUCCCAUCUUCUUCUUAUAUUUAGUUGUAAUCCUAUCGGUUAAUCAAUUCGAGAUCUACCUUUAUUCCUGAUUUGAUUAUUUCUUAGCUGAGUGAAUAUCAAUUCACUUCAGGUGGCAAAGGAAACUAGGGUUCCGGUGAAUAUCAAAGCCGAGUAAGGUCAUUACAGCUUGAAUUGUGGCAUAUUAUUGGUCCGUGUGGGCUUUCCUGGUGACAUCUUGCGCUCCAAACCUGUUGGUCUGCAGUACCAGAGUACAUGAAAACUGAAUGGCGUAUGGUUGCUCUCUAUAUUGUGGUUUUGUUUGUGUCUUGCAGGCUGCUGUGCUGCUGCAUUUCAUAUGAUAGGAGUCCUAGCAUGAGCCGAAAUUGAAGGAGAUUGCUAAUUUGUUAGCCUGCAAAUGGUAUCUAAAAAUGCUUUUUUGUUUACCGACGGUCGCCUCGAGUACAUGGAACCGGAAAAUGCUUUGUUAUCCUCUCGGUUCUCCCUCAGACUUUCAGCUACUGUCGAGAAAGGUUUCGUUAGAGCAGAGACUAUGGCAUAUAACGAUUUUGUUGCUGAAUCAGCUGCAAGGGAGAAAGGACUUGUAAGUUGAUUUUCUAAUCUAAAUCUCUGUAGCUUUGCUUUUGAUGUUUUCUGUUAAAAGUAAUGUGCUCAUGAAGCUUUAAUUCUUUAAUGUUUUUGGUUAUAUGAGAACUAGCCAAUAAUCAUAACCACUAAAAGGAAACAGGUCUCAAAUAAAUAACAAAUCAUGUUCAUUGGUUCGAAUUACAUAAAGUAAUUUUUUUUGUCCAUAUUCUUUUUUUUGGUUAUAUGAAUUAAUCAGAUUCAGAAUAGGCUUUAAAUGGGUCGAAUGAGUCAUACUUGUUCAUAUUAUUGACACACAUGUGGAUCAUCUUGAGGAUGUUGUUACUAAACUUGAGACUGAGCUUGAUUCUGUAGAAGUUGAUUUGGAUAAAGGUGGCUUUUCUUUAAAGAGACAAUUGUUGGAUGACAGAAGAUUUCCAAAAAUGCAUCUAGAAUUGCAACGCCUUCUGCAGGUGAUUGCACACGGGGAACAAGUGUUCCCGGGGGUGAAAGAAAAGUGUUCCGUAAAAGAUUGGUUUGGAAAUGAAGACAUCAUCACUUGAAGAGUUGAUUGGUCGACUCAGACGACUAAAGGAGAAUGUUGGAUUCAUAAGCAAUCGUGUGACAGCUGUCCAAGCGGGUCUCGACAGCUGGCAGGCUGAACAAAUCAACAGAAAACUAUACUGCCUGUCUUUCCUCUCCAUCAUAUUCCUUCCUCUAUCCAUCAUCACAGGAGAGGGAGAAGAAUCACUUAAAAUGGUCGGCGGGACCUUGAUCAAGUUGCUGGGCGAAUUGUUGUUGCUGUUUGAUUCCAGUUAGGUGAUCCUACGCGGCAAAAAAAUGGGGCUAACGUUCAUGAAACUCUUUAGUCGGCCGUUUGCCAAGAAGAUGUGGAUCUUGAUGCAGCUGGUAAGACGACCAUUUUGUACAAGCUCAAGCUUGGUGAGAUCGUGAUGACGAUUCCUACCAUUGAUUUCAGGCUCAUGUUGGAAAUACAUAGCAGGAACAGGGUAAUCUUUCAACAUCAAAGAAGUUAUGAUUCUUACACAAUACUAUCUUUAAUUGAUGUCAUGGGGCGUACACUUUCUUUAUCUGAUGUUGGAUAAUACGCCAGAAUCUUUAUUGGUGUUUAGUGACAUUAUUGUACACGCCUGUGGCACUUGUGAUUGUGAUUCUGAUGAAUAAUUAACGCAUAUUAGUUA